ACCGAGAGAGUCAGAGAUUGCGAUAGAGUCAGUGAGAGACACAGACAGUGAGUGAGUGAGAGAGAGAGAGAGAGAGAGAGAAAAUUAGAGAGGUUCAGACAGUAAGAGAGUCAGAUACUCAGGUGGAGUGAGAGCGCGAGAGAGACCGACAGUGAGAGACAGAGAUUGAGUUAGAGACAGAGAGAAUCACAGACAGAGAGCGAGGGGAAAUUUUGCCCGCGAUCGAUUGGGAAACAGAAUUACAGGAUUGCUCAGUGGGUGAGGAUGAAGUGUGCUGCUCUGCCGGCUCUGGCUCUGGCUCUGGCUCUGGCACUUGCUUUAAGUCUCGAAACGGCACAGUGUAAAGAGCAACGGGUGACAGACAACUGGAAAUGGAACUACAGAGAAGGAGUUGACCGGGUGAAUAUCCAGGGAGUGCGGAGUGUUUCCCGUGUCCUCGACCACUGGGGGAACAGGAUCUUCAACACAAUGAGGGACACCAUCAUCAACCACCCCCAGGACGUGCUGCCCGACUACUCCAGGAUCAGGCCACUCUCUGAAGCCCUGGAUGAUUUGUUCCGGGAGGUGAAGACCCUGAAAAAACACCUGUUGUUGCUGAACGAGCGGUUGGGGGGUCUCGAGAGUGACCUGACCUCGGUGGGCUUCGGCAAACCCCUGAAGGUGAAGCGGGUGGUGAUGAGGAGGGUCCCACAGAGAGCCGGGGGCAGGAUUCUGUCCAGGAGAAUGAGACUCCAACCCAGACAGAGGGGGCGGGGGGCAUAUCGCACCUCCCAGCGCCAGCCCAGGGCCUCCCCAGGCACACGGGAGAGGAUCGUGCCACGCAAUUCCACCUAUACUUAGACGGCGGAUCUUAAAAUGGUAGGAAAGAGAAACGGUCGAACGGCUA